AUGGACAGCAUCAGGGUCGGAGCACUCGUCUACCUGGGCGUCUGUCUGUCCGUCUUCAGUGUAAUUUGCCAGGGGCAGAUGUCAGACGACAGACUCUCUUCACAAGAGGAACAAUUUCCACUGGGAUAUGUCACCAGAGAUUUGGUAAGUCACUUUACUAAUUUACUUGCUUUUGUCCUUUUUUAGGAUUUUAGGAUAAAGCAGUUUGUUUCGAUUCAAACCAAUCCAGAACUUGUUCAAGUAUUAUAUAUAUAUAUAUAUAUAUAUAUAUAUAUAUACACACAAUUUUUACCAUCAACUGAUGUGUGACUAUUAUUUGAUAGAGGUGGAGGAUAGUCUACUUUUACCUUACCUAUUCAAAUUAGCUAUGUUAUCGACAUAAUAAAUUUGUGCCCAUUCUUGCCCAAUGUCAAGUAGCCGAUUCUAUCGUCUCCCCCCUUCAAGCUAAUGUCGAAAUAUCGAUGACAUGCAAUAUUUAUUUGGGCUGAUAAUAAAGAUGGUUCUAAUAAUCUUUAUUGGUGACUUUUUUUCAGUCUGAUGCGUUCGAGGGGCUUCUGGAAGGCGUGCAGCAAGACAACAGGAUAGGUCUAUCAGUGGAGAAAAAAGCAAGUCUGAUUCCACGGGUAAGUAAAUUAAGUCAAGAAUAACCUUCGUUCUUUCACAUCUACCUUAUAUCUCUAAUUUCCAAAACGCAACAGGUUGUACGAGAGCCAUAUAUUUGGAGAGCUAGCAUAGCCUAUGGUGCUGUGAGAAGUUGUCUGUUACGUUGAAGAUGCUUUUAUUUUGGAACAGAAAUGUGCAAGUAGGACCUAACGAAUUUUGCUAAUCUCUCUCUUCUCUCAUACAUACAGUGUGAUAUUGGAGAGCGGUGCGCUAUGAAGCACGGGCCGCGCAUCGGAAGGCUUUGUGACUGUCUGCGAGGCACCGCGUGCAACACAUUCUUCCUGCGUUGUUACUGA